UUUUAUGGUAGAAACUCAGUUCCGUUCCGAAUUUGCGGGACAUUUUUGGGAAAAGUGAAAAAUUGAAUUGAAACGCUCAGCAUGUCAGAGGUCAACAAUCAAAUUCAAGUUAUUGAAAGAACAUGUCUACAAUGGGAAGAUUAUCAAAAUCAAUUUUCUGGCGUUGUUCGUCAAUUAUUGGAAGAAAAUUGCAUGGUGGAUGUUACACUAUCUGUAUCGGGACAACGCAUACUUGCACAUCGCAUUGUUCUUUGUGCUUUCAGUACUUUUUUCAAAGAUUUGUUAAGUCAGGUGACUGACGAUCAUCCAGUUAUUAUUUUAACUGACAUGACUCCAGAAUGUGUUAGAGGAAUAAUUGAAUUUAUUUAUCAAGGAGAAGCAUAUUUUCCCGCUGAUAGUAUAAAAAAUAUUUUGGAUACUGCAUUUUAUCUUAAAAUUGCUGGAUUAAUGGAGUAUAAAAUCAGUGAGACAGUAUCAAAAUUAAAGGAAGAUGAAAUUAAUGUACAAGAAUCGAAUUUAAAUGAAAUUGAAGAUGAAGAAGUAUUAGAUGUUUUUGAACAUGUUUAUGAGGAUACAAAUGAACAAUCGGAACAUAGUGCAGAAGAGAAUUCGGAUAAUAAAAAAAGAAAACGACGUUAUUCAAUGAAACGUGAAUAUAGUGAAGAUAUGCUUGCUAAUGCUAUUAGUAAUUUACGCGAUGGACAAACAUUAAUUGAAGCUGCUACAAAAAAUCAUAUUCCACGUUCAACAUUGUAUAUGCGAGCAAAAGCAUUGGGAAUUCAAUUACAAGCUUGCCGAAAUGAAUAUCCCGCUGAAUGUAUGAAAGGAGCAAUUGAUGCUGUUAUUGGAGGAUCGAGUUUACAGACUGCAUCCGAAAUGUUCGGUAUUCCAAAAACAGUUCUUUGGCGACGAAUGCAAAAAGAAGGAUAUCAAGUAUUUCGUCCUGAAUUGAAAAGAACUUAUGGUUCGGAUAAAAGAGAAGCUGCUGUUAAAGCAUUGGAACGAGGGGAAAAUCUCUCCAAAGUUGCGCAGGAAUAUCAAAUACCAAAAACAACAUUAUUUCGUGAUAAGACACGAUUAAUUGAUCAAGGUAAAUUGCCAAUGUCAUUUUGGAAAAAAAGAAAAACGGAAAAUGAAGCGGUUAAACGAUUUCGACUCGAGGAAGCCGUUGCGGCAUGUAAAAGUGGUAAAAUGUCACAAGCCGCAGCAUCAGUUUGUUAUCGUAUUCCAAAAACAACAAUAUGGAGACGAUUGCAGCAAGAUAAUUCGAAAAAUAAACGAAAAUUAAAAUCUGAUGGUACAAUUAAUACAACGGCAAAUACAAUAGAUACUGAUGAAUUCACAUUUUGUGAGGUUACGUCAGGAAUUCCAAUAACGUAUAUAGAUGAAAAUAGUAUUCCCGAGGAUUCAGUUAUAAUUCUCACAACUGAAGAUGUUGAGGAAUUGAGUUUGGAAAAUAGGACACAAAUUAUUGUAAAUUCGAAUGUUAAUCAAGAAUUUAUCACUAAUUCAGAAAGUGAUUCCACUUAUACUGUUUCGAAAAGUUAGCAAAUGCUUCUUGCAAAGAAUGUAUAGCUAUUAGAUUAAUUACAUUUGUGAUCUACGAUACGAAAUUUAGUCAUUUUGUUUCUAAAUUUAUAUAUACGUAUAUAUAUAUAUAUAUAUAUAUAUAUAUAUUUAAGGUAUGUAGAAUUUUUUUUUUAGUUUUUAUAUUGCAAAAAAUUUAAAUAACAUUCUAUUAAUAAUAGGAAUUUUGAUUUUCAAGCAAUAUUUC